AGCUUUCAAACUCUGUCCAGAAUUUGUUCUGUGUUAGUAUUUGGGUUUUGUUAAUCAUAUUUGCUUUUGUGAUAAAAACAAAUCUUUCCUACCUUGUGUUUUAUGGAUGAUGAUCAAGUUUCCCUCUGGAAUGUCUUGUAAAAUUAUACUUUUGUUCUUGUUCUUUAUACCCUUUUUCGAUUUCUUGAUCAUUUGGGAGUUGAUUAUGACUGAAACAAUAAUGCCUUUUUGGAGUUUAUGUUAUCUCAUCAUUUGAACUUCUCUGAAUUGUGGUUUUCUAUCAGUGUUUGUUGUGAUCUGUGAAUGCAUGUUUGAUGUUUGAUCCCAUGAACUCCCAAUUUCGUUUGUUUGGAACCUAAUUUGAAACUGCCAAGCGACGAUAUUCAUUGGGUUCCUCCUCCUCCCACUUUCCCUGCUGCAAUUUCAUUCAUUUCGUUUUUCUGAGUUUAAACGUUUGUUGCAUUCUUUAAUGCAAGAAACUUGAGUUAACUGUUUUAUUGUCCUGAAUUACAGAAUUGGCAACCCGUUCUUCAUGAAUUUGACAAGUGUUGAUACAUUCACCGUUUCCUGUAGAGCGGGAAGCAACAACAAUUUCCUUUUCCGGAUUUUGGUUUGCUUCUUGCUACCAAGUUUUCUGGGAGCUCCUGAAGUAUAUGUUCAUUCCCAAUUGAUAAAGCUCAUUAUUGGGUUUUCGUUUUCCUCCAUUUGGGGUGGAAUCUUUGGGCAAAUCACACCUACAGUUCUGAAGCUUCUUGGUCCCAUUUUCUGCACUCUCCUUGUUUCAUCAAAGAGCCAUGGUUUCUUCCCAGUUCUCUGUCUUAAACGAAAACAGUUCACCAAAGUCUUUCCUCAACCAACUGGUUCUACCAAAUGGACCACCUGAUCUUUUGCCUUCUUCGAAUUCUGAGGAAUUUGAAUUCUCUGAUGUGUUUGGUCCAUCUCCUUCUGGUGGAAAGGUUUGCAAUGAUCCUGAUUGCAUUAACAUCCGCUCUCAAUCUUUAUUUGCUCCCACAACUUGUAUUGGUCAGUCCUUGCAGCUUAGCAAGCUCACCUUACAUGAGACAGAAGAUGCAUUGGACCUUGUGGAGGUUUUAACAGAAACACAGAAAGAACUUGAACAUUCUGUUAACAAUGCAGCAGUAGAGAGACAUAAUUUACAUUUCAAUGGUUACUGUCUGAACAAUCAGACUAUUGGAGUUGAGGAUUUUGGACUUCUGAAGGUUGUUGGGCAAGGUGCUUUUGGAAAGGUGUACCAGGUGAAGAGGACAGGUACUUCUGAAAUAUAUGCUAUGAAGGUCAUGCGCAAGGAUAAGAUCAUAGAGAGAAACCAUGCUGAAUAUGUAAAAUCUGAAAGGGAUAUACUUACAAAGGUGGACAACCCGUUUGUUGUGCGGCUCAGAUACGCUUUCCAAACAAAAUAUAGGCUGUAUCUUGUGCUUGAUUUUGUCAAUGGUGGCCACCUUUUCUUUCAGCUCUAUCACCAAGGCCUAUUCAGGGAAGAUUUGGCACGCUUCUAUGCCGCAGAGAUUAUUUGUGCCGUUUCUUAUCUUCAUGCAAAUGAUGUAAUGCACAGGGAUCUUAAGCCUGAAAACAUUCUUCUCGAUGCAGAUGGUCAUGCUGUGUUAACAGAUUUUGGCCUGGCUAAGCAAUUCAAUGGCACUGAAAGAUCAAAUUCUAUGUGUGGAACUGUAGAGUACAUGGCCCCUGAAAUUGUAAUGGGAAAAGGUCAUGAUAAGGCAGCUGAUUGGUGGAGUGUGGGAAUUUUACUAUAUGAAAUGCUUACCGGAAAGCCUCCUUUCUGCGGCGGAAAUAGACAUAAGAUCCAGCAGAAGAUAAUUAAAGACAAAAUAAAGCUCCCAGCAUUUUUGUCAAAUGAGGCACAUUCACUGUUAAAAGGGCUGUUGCAGAAAGAUGUCAGCAAACGCCUUGGCAGUGGAUCAAGAAGCAGUGAGGAGAUUAAAAGCCACAAAUGGUUUAAGUCUGUGAACUGGAAGAAACUGGAAGCCCGUGAAGUCAGGCCAAGCUUUGUGCCAGAUGUUGCUGGGAAGCACUGUGUUGCUAACUUUGAGGAGAGGUGGACUAGUAUGCCUUUGCUGGAUUCUCCAGCUUCUACUCCCAAAAAGGAUCACAGUACCUUCAAGAAGUUCUCAUAUACUGGUGCUCCAGUUCAGUAAUGAUAGAAAUGCAUGAUUUCUACAAUAAAGGUCCAAUCAGAGCAGCCAAUUCAUGUAAUCUGUGAUGGCUUAGAAAAAUAUAUCUCUCUGAUACUCCACACCUAUAAUUUUUAAAAUAUAGAAUACAGCCACAUGUGCAUACAUUGAACAUUC